CAGCUCCGGCUGAGUAAAGCCGCUCACUGCUCGAAACGCAAUCAGAGUGGACAGCGCGCGAGGCGAGACCGAUCUGACAAAUGAACAAGACACACCGGGAACGGAGAGGCAAAUACAAGAGUGGGAUUUACAUGGAGUGCUCUAAAGAGAAGGACGGUUAGAUCUGAGCUUUUGACUGCUCUCAGUUUGAGGAAUUGCGCUGGAUUGAGAAUCAUCUGACAUGUUCAGAUAGAGAAUUACGCAUGAAGCGAUCAAGGUGAACCAACUUUUACGCACGGACCUUCGGAGAUGUGAGGUGCAAGUUGUGACCAGUAUGCUGCAUUAAUGGCACACUCAAACGCAUUUUUGUAACUAGGGCUUAUAAUCGGAUUUUUUUUACUGGAGUUUCAUCUGGGCAACAGGACAUAUCAAACACUAUUGUCACAGGUUGACGAAUACUUCAUAUCACAUAGUCAAACUGGCGUCUUAAAGGAGCCUAUUUUGAACUACGGUCCGAUAUAAUAGCUUCUCUGUAUCGUGGAACUGUCCAACGUGUUUAAAACAGCGUGCAUUACGCACUGGUCCCGUCCCAUUGACGGCUUCUCCGGGUAUCUCCUUAAAUGAGUUCUCAGAACAGCGGUAUGCACAGAGUCAGACGUCUAACCUGCGUGUGAGUCACAGUGAACAAACAUUCGGACAAGCUGCACUCACUGGCACAGACGCAUUUGGGAUAUUUAACGGUGCGCACUUUGCGCAAGCGGCCAGCACACGACACCGGGACGAGGCUCGGUGCAGCCGCGGGAUUGGACUCCGAGGUGCUAAAUGCCCAGCCGGUCGCUUGCGGCUCAUCAGGCUGGGCGGCAACAUGAGGUCCUGGGUCCUGCUGCUGCUGCUGGCUGCACUCUUCACUGCUUGUCUACGGCUGGGGAAUGCUGAGGGUGAUCCUCUACCUUCAUCACUGGUUGAUCUGGUGAGGAAUUCUCCUAUCUCCUCUGUGGAAGACCUAAAACAGCUGCUGCAGCAGGAGACCAGCGCAAUAGAACAUGAAGAAGACGAGCAUGACCUUCUCCCGAAAUCCACCCGCGGUCGAUAUAUUAGAAGUCUUGUGGAGGCCCAGCCAGCCCAGCAGGCAGCCUGUAAGGUUCGAACGGAGGUAAUGGAAGUCACCAGGUCCAUGCUGGACCGCCGCAAUGCCAACUUCCUGCUGUGGCCACCGUGUGUGGAGGUCCAGCGAUGUUCAGGUUGCUGCAACACCCGGCUGCUGCAGUGUGUCCCCAUAGUUAUCUCCAGCAGAUAUCUACAGGUAAUAAAGAUUCAGUACAUUAACCGGAAAGCCCACUAUGAAAAAGCCAUCAUCUCUGUGGAAGAUCACGUCAGCUGCAAGUGCCAACACCCCUCUGUGCCCUCUUCAUCAUCGUCCUCCUCCUCCACCGUCUCUAUACCUCGAUCUGCCAGUCAGAGCUACUCCAAUCCACUUCCGCCUCCGCAACAACAACCCCCCGCAUCCCCCCACCUUCACGCGCCCCUUCCCCGGCCUGCUCACCCUGCCUCGACGAAGACCCACACCUCCAAGGCCGAUCUCCAUCGCCACGAUGACCUUAAGCACAACCAGCAGCUUUACCACCCCGAGGAGCGCGAGCCCGUGGCCAGGCCGUGGCAGCCGGGCAGUUAUACCCAGCUGGUGCACUGGACGCAGCCCAGGGUGCAUCAGGCCCCCACGCACGCGCAGGCGGGAGCGCACAAAGCUACGACCGGGUUGCUGGGAUCGGUGAGCAGCUGGCCGUCCGAAGCCAGAGCAGAGCACAGCGUCAUGGGAAGCAAGCCCCAGUCGGGGCCUGGGAGCGGCUAUGAGGUGAACCGGGAGGAGAGUAGUGCGCAUGUGUCAAACGGGGAGGUGCGCCAUUCUGAUCACGCACCAAGUCAGCCACAGCUUCCGCAGCACCAGCAGAGACAGCAGCAUCAGUAUUAUAAUCAGCCACGCUACAGCGAAGGGGCGGAGGAUCAAGAGCUGAGGACGCAGUACCGGCUCAACGCUCCGCAGUCUGACAGCGCUUCUCCACCUGUCAGCCCAACCCAGCCGUCCAGUUUAGACCGAACCCCCACACCUCAGAUGGCCACCGUUCAAAAAGACUCAGUGACACGCCAAAGAAAUGUUAAGGUCACAUAUAAUACCAAACAGACAGAGACUGAGGCAGCCAGGCAAAAAGAUGGGGGCGAGAGGGAGGAGAGUGGGUCGGCCAAUAGUGGGGAAUUGGCAGGAGGACAGCUGGGAAAUCAGCGGGAAAAAUACUUUAAAGCGAGCAGCGAGGAUGGGCGUUUAACAGAAGAGGAGAGAAGACAAAAGCUGCUGGAGAUGGUACAGCAAGAUAAACAAGACAAACCGUCUCUUCUUCAUCCACAUCAUCCUUCACAAAGACCAAAGCCGACCACAUUUAAAACAGCGUUUUCCACUGUUGCUCCCAUGUCGAUGUCGGCCCGUCAAACCCCGUUCCGCCCUGCUUCACCUCGCCGCAGGAGAAAACACCGCAGACGCAUUAGCAAAGCCGCCAUGAGAGCUAUGAUCAUGUAG